AUGACCACAGAGGUGAACAUGCAAUUGGUUGAGCACCCACCCACCAGUGCGAAGAUUGAGCCGAAGUCCGAAAAAAAAUUGGGGCUUAGGCCCAAAAGCCAUGAGAAUGGCAGGCUGCAGAAAGAACUAGUGGUUCCGGAGAUGCUGGAAUUUACUCCGAUCCAGAAAGAGCCCAAAUCCUUGAGCACCUACCGCUUCGGCAACCUCAGCCAUCACUCUUUCUUCUCCCGACACCACCCGCACCCCCAGCACAUGGGCCACAUUCAAGAUCUGGCUGGGAACCGUGUGUGCACAGUCAGAGAAGUGCUUUCUUAUACCCAGCUGCCUCACCACUCGAACUUGGGGUGCUUUGUGAAGAUGCCUCACCUCUCUACCCCCGUGGGAGACCCACAGUCCAAUCGGGAACCACUGCUAUUCUCUGAGGCCUGGAAGAAGGAAUUGAAGGAGCUUUCCUCCCAGCUGACCAUCUCUACCACCCACCAGCCAAAAGACAAAAGGGAGGAAAAGGAACUUCAGCGGGAGCAGGGGGCCAAGUACUCAGCACAGACGGGGCGGCUCAUCCCCCCACCCACCAGAGCCACCAGCCACCGCAUCCCCUAUCAGACGCGAGGCAAAGCAGCCCGGAGAAAAUAUGGUGGCCCCCAGGCCUUCAUCCUAGAGGACCAGGAGCUGCUGGUUCUGGAGCUCCUGUGUCAAAUCCUGCAAACAGAUUGCUUGACUUCUAUCCAAUUGUGGCUGCUUGGCGCUCCUCAAAAAGAGAAAGAGCUCGCCAUCAGGCUUUUGAACACAGCAGUGGCCCAGCUCCCUUCCCCACCUUCCGUUUCUCUCUUGGAGGAGAAACUCCUCAGUCAACUCCAAGAAGUUCAAGAGCAAAAGAGAAACUUGCUUACAUCCUACAGCCUAUCCCAGAAGAAGUUGCCACCUUUACAAAGAAGCGAAAAACCAGAGUAUCUGGGGAAGGCACAGGUCCUUCGAAUGCCUUUGCAGCACUGUCCAGAGGAAAAAGUGGUUUUGCCCAAAACCUGA